AUGGUCGCCGCCCAGCACGCCUGGCAUUUCGCCAUCUCUGCCACAGACCGUUAUGGCACUAUACGAUCCAUCCAGGAAGCACUGCCCGACGGCUCAAUGAGCACCGCCAUCGCCAUUGAGCAGGCCGCGUACACAGAUGCAGCAUCCCUGCCCGAAUAUAAACUCAUCAUGGCGGUGUCACAGCAAGACUACACGACCGCGUGCAACGCGGCCAUGGCUACCCAACCGGCCGCCCCGUUCUCCGUCGCCGCCGCAGCCGCGGACGUGUCCGGGGGGGACACGCGCAUCGGCGCCUACAGCAACUGCACUGCCAUUGCCGACGGCGUCACCUCGACCGUCUACCGCUCCGCAGACGGCGCGACGGCGCUCAAGGUCAUCACUGUGCAGCACCCGCUGCCGCCGCACGACCCCCAGCGCGAGAUUCGCAUCCUGCGGCUGCUCCGCCCGCCGUGCAUCCCGCUGCUCGCCGCCUUCCGCGACCAGGCGCAGCAGCAGGUCCUCGCCUUUCCCUACAAGCCGCUCACCCUCGAGGCGCUCCUCCUCGCCAGCGGCCGCGCCCUGGACCGGCCGCACGCCCAGAGCAUCUUCCGGGACGUGCUGCGCGCGCUGGCGCACAUCCACGAGCAGGGCAUCCUCCACCGCGACGUCAAGCCCUCGGCCAUUCUCCUCGACGGGCCCGCAGGCCCCGCGUACCUCGCCGACUUUGGCACCGCGUGGCACCCGGCACUGUCCGCCGGCACGGAGCCGGCGGCUGCCAAGAUCCUCGACAUUGGCACGGGGCCGUACCGCGCGCCCGAGGUGCUCUUUGUGAACAAGGCGUACGGCGCCGAGGUCGAUGUGUGGGCGCUCGGCGUCAUGCUUGCCGAGUGCCUCACCGCGCCGCCCCGGCCGCCGUUUGAGUCCCGUGCGGCGCACGAGGACGGCAGCCAGCUCGGCCUCAUCCUGAGCAUCUUCAAGACCAUGGGCACGCCGACGCCGGAGACUUGGCCCGAGGCGAGGGGCUUCAAGGUGUCGCCAUUUGAGAUGUGGACCGUCUUUCCGCAUAGGUCGUGGCAGGAGAUACUGCCAGGUCUCGACCCGGAUUGGCUUGAAAUGAUUGCGGGUGCGGUUCGCUACAGCAAACGCGCCACGGCUCAAGAGCUACUACAAUACAAAUGCAUUCUAUAA